AUGGCGGAGCAUUGGAAUGCAUGCGUGCAGACCCUCGAGGGGCAUAGUGACUUGGUCAGCUCAGUCACCUUCUCCCAUGAUUCUAAGCUCCUCGCAUCUGCUUCAGGCGAUAAAACUGUCAAGGUGUGGGAUGCCAGCAACGGGCAAUGCGUGCAGACCCUGGAGGGUCAUAGCGAAUCGGUCAACUCAGUCACCUUCUCCUAUGAUUCUAAGCUCCUCGCAUCUGCUUCAGGCGAUAAAACUGUUAAGGUGUGGAAUACCAGCAACGGGCAAUGUGUGCAGACCCUCGAGGGUCAUAGCCAAUGGGUCAACUCGGUCACCUUCUCCUAUGAUUCUAAGCUCCUCGCGUCUGCUUCAGGCGAUAAAACUGUCAAGGUGUGGGAUGCCAGCAACGGGCAAUGCGUACAGACCCAGGAGGGUCAUAGCGAAUCGGUCAACUCAGUCACCUUCUCCCAUAAUUCUAAGCUCCUCGCGUCUGCUUCAGGCGAUAAAACUGUCAAGGUGUGGGAUGCCAGCAACGGGAAAUGCGUGCAGAUGCAGACCCUCGAGGGUCAUAGCAAAUCAGUCACCUCGGUUACCUUCUCCUAUAAUUCUAAGCUCCUCGCGUCUGCUUCAGGCGAUAAAACUGUUAAGGUAUGGAAUACCAGCAACGGGCAAUGUGUGCAGACCCUCGAGGGUCAUAGCCAAUGGGUCAACUCGGUCACCUUCUCCCAUGAUUCUAAGCUCCUCGCGUCUGCUUCAGGCGAUAAAACUGUCAAGGUGUGGGAUGCCAACAACGGGCAAUGCGUACAGACCCAGGAGGGUCAUAGCGAAUCGGUCAACUCAGUCACCUUCUCCCAUAAUUCUAAGCUCGUCGCGUCUGCUUCAUGGGAUAAAACUGUCAAGGUGUGGGAUGCCAGCAACGGGCAAUACGUACAGACCCUCGAGGGUCAUAGCGAAUGGGUCACCUCGGUUACCUUCUCCCAUGAUUCUAAGCUCGUCGCGUCUGCUUCAGGCGAUAAAACUGUCAAGGUGUGGGAUGCCAAUACCGGGCAAUAUGUGCAGACCCUCGAGGGUCAUAGCGAAUCGGUCACCUCAGUCACCUUCUCCCAUGAUUCUAAGCUCCUCGCGUCUGCUUCAGGCGAUAAAACUGUCAAGGUGUGGGAUGCCAGCAACGGGCAAUGCGUGCAGACCCUCGAGGGUCAUAGCGAAUGGGUCACCUCGGUCACCUUCUCCCAUGAUUCUAAGCUCGUCGCGUCUGCUUCAGGCGAUAAAACUGUCAAGGUGUGGAAUACCAGCAACGGGCAAUGCGUGCAGACCCUCGAGGGUCAUAGUAAAUGGGUCACCUCAGUCACCUUCUCCCAUGAUUCUAAGCUCCUCGCGUCUGCUUCAGACGAUAAAACUGUCAAGGUGUGGGAUGCCAACAACGGGCAAUGCGUGCAGACCCUGGAGGGUCAUAGCGAAUCGGUCAACUCAGUCACCUUCUCCCAUGAUUCUAAGCUCCUCGCGUCUGCUUCAUACAAUAAAACUGUCAAGGUGUGGGAUGCCAGCACCGGACAAUGCGUGCAGACUAUCCUUGUUAAUCAAUUUGUCAAAAUCAAAUCCUUCGAUGCUCCCGCUGGCUGUAUUGAACUUGAUGUUGGCAUUGUUCGUUUUUGUUCUAAUUCAAAUACAACGCCCACGAACAUCGAUCCUCAACACGCGCAAAUUCAAGGACUUGGUGUAAGUUCCGAUAAAACCUGGAUCACUUGGAACUCUGGAAAUCUACUUUGGCUACCGCCCGAUUACCGGCCAAUAACUUCUGUCGUGUCCGUUUCAAACGUGACUCUUGGCUGUAGUUCGGGAAGAGUACUAAUAUUUAACUUUGAUUCCCACAAAUUGUCGCAUCUCUUUCCUUAG